CUUAAUUUUUGUCUUUCAUAUUUUAGGCUAUGCUGGACAUGUGUGGAUGUGCAGGAUGGUUAGCAUCAUCUCUGCAGGUACAAGUGUUAAUGCAGAUGAUCACUCAGGCACGCUGGCAUACAGACAACUCUCUCCUCACUCUCCCACACAUCAUCUCUGAAACAUUGUACUGUUUUAAACAUGCAGGAAACAACAUCCAGUGUCUGCCGGAGCUGGUGCACAUUGUUGGUGGGAAAUACGAAAGGCUGGCAGGAAUGUUACGUCAGGAACUGGAUGAGGGACAGAUUGAGAAUGUGUUUAAAACUCUUCAGCAACUACCAAUGUUGAGUGUUAGUGUGGUAGUAAGAGGAUGGUGGGACAACUCUGAAAACCAAACUGAUGCCAAAAUUAAUAUUAGGACUACUGUGGAGAACCGGAAAGACAAGGACUGGAUUGAAGUUCACGCAGAUCAGGAGUAUACUCUAGUAGUCAGCCUUCAUCGUAUCAACAAGGUCAGUUAA